ACUGAUCGAAUUGAACAGCUGAGGACGCGCGUGUUCAAGCAGAAGGAGAAACAAGAACUCACCGAUAUUUUAAUAUAGCUUCAAAUCAGCCAUAAAAUAAAGUGAUGGAGAAGAACUUGGUGUCAAGACCCGUAAAUGAACCACGGAUUAUCUUUUAACUCGAAAUUUUUCAUUGGAAUUGUAAAACAAAGCGUACGGAGUCCACAGACAAUAGAUAGAUUUGGGUAUAUGUGUAUGGACGUGGAGCAAUAACCGGAAUGACAGCCGAACCCGGGGGCAACACCAAUUUCUUAGAAGGGAGAAUAUAGGACUGCAUACUGAGCAGAAGCACUUUUGUCUGUGACAAAGGGGACGGAGUGCAAUGAAUUCUCCGUAAAGCUGUCAUGUUCACUGGAUGUAGAGAGGGGGAUUAAAAUUACGCACGUUAUGCGGAGUGCUGAGCUGUCGUGCCCGGGCGAUGCAGUGAAGAUGUGCAACGGUGUGAACCUCCAACCUCGGCUUGGGCUGUGAACUGCACUGUGCGCAGCUGUGACAGACCAGGGAAUCCGUCUGGAUUUAACGCACAGUACUUUUAGAACAGCGAGGAUUUUAACGUUGCAUUCGUGUAUUUCAUUUAUUUAGAUUUUUCCUAAUUUAUUCAUGACAAAGAGGUCUUCGUUGGUGAAACGCACGGUUGAACAAAGGAUUUAGGAGAAACGGAAACGAUAACGCAGUUUUUACGUCGCUAGUACGUCUUUCCGCUACUGUGUCAAAUCGGGACGAAUACCAGAAAGAUUGCGGUUGAAUUAAGGGUUUUCUCCCUGGUUCCUAACCCAGGAGAGGGUUGACAUUUUUGGUGUGGGAGCAAAGCUGAUCCGCCACCGUGGGAACGUGGAUGGAGAGUGCAAAUGCAACCCCAGCAGAAGGGCUUCAACUCUAAAAUGUGACAUUUUCCAAUUGAUCCCCGCUAUACACGUGACACGUGCACUCUGCUAUCUUUUCCAUCGGAUUUGUUUACAUCGCUCAAGAGAUGGCGUUCUUCCCUCUGGUCAUCCUCCUAAUCUCCGUGGCCCAACGCGGUUCUUCCCAGGACUCUGAUGAGGAUUCAUCGGCAGUGCCAAGGGGCUGCGGCUGGGGUCCGGUGCGCCCCUACACCCUCCUCUGUGACCUGGACUCUGUUUGGGGUGUGGCAGUUGAAUCUGCAGCUGCAGGUGGAGCCCUGGUGGCCAUUUUGCUCGGCCUGGUCCUCCUCUGCCGGUUACGCCACAUGAGCGAAGCGGAGAAGCGCAGCGGCGUGGGACCCAUUCUCCUCCUGCUCCUGGGCAUCCUGGGCCUGUUUGGGCUUAGUUUCGCCUACCUCAUUGAGCGCGACGAGCAGCUCUGUCUCCUCCGCCGUGCCCUCUGGGGCCUUCUCUUUGCCCUGUGCUUCUCCUGCCUGCUGGUGCAGGGCGUGCGGCUCCGGAGGCUGGGCCGCGAGCGCCGGAGCCCUGGGGGCUGUGCUCUGACCGGUCUAGCCCUGGGGCUCAGCGCAGUCCAGGGUAUCAUUGCCGCUGAAUGGCUCCUGCUCACGGUGCUCCGGGAAGGCAGAGCAGCCUGUCAGUACCUGCCUCUGGACUUCUCCUUAGCCUGUAGCUACGUGCUUGUGCUCCUGCUAGCCGCACUCGGUGCCGCCUCCUUCGCUCUCUGCGGGAAGACUCGACAGUGGCGCUGUAACGCCAUUUGGCUCCUGGCCUCCUGUCUGCUGUCCCUCCUACUCUGGGUGGCCUGGGUGGGCUUCUAUCUCUACGGCAACGCCUGGCUGGGGCGGUCCCCAGACUGGGAUGAGCCAGCGUUGGCCAUAGCGCUGGUGGCGCAGGGUUGGCUCCUCCUCCUUUUCCACGCCGUGCCCGAGGCACACUCCUGUCUCCGCCCCCCACCACAGCCUUCCGCACCUGACUAUUUCGACACCUCCCAGGCCCCGUCCCGGAUGAGGGAGACCAGCUUCGACGAAGACAUCCCCCUCUCACACAGGCAGUUUGUGGAGAACCAGGGCUACGGCUUUGACGAAAACACUGCAGGUCUGAGGAGUGGGAGUGGGGGUCACCAUAACGGCAACACAGCACCUAGACCCAGUGCCCCAUUCCGCAGCAAUGUUUACCAGCCCACUGAAAUGACCAUGAUCCUGAACGGGGGAGCGGUGAGUUCUCAUAUUGUCCCCUCCGCACCCCCGACUUACACAGGACGGCAGCUAUGGUAAGGGAAAGAAAUGGAGAAGGAAGAAGAGGAAGGAAGGAUGGGGUGAGGAAGAAGGGGACACAGGAAAAGCUCAGUGAGGAUAACUAAAACCUGAACAAAACAAAGACCCCCAGACCCAUCUCUCUAUGCCUGUACGGAGAUAGACAGACAAACUGAGGACGUAUAUAAACAAACAACUGAGGACUUGUACACACCAACUGCCGAUUCAAUCAUUCACAUCUACCAACUACUGUUGGAGUGGGAAUUAGGGAGAGAGCUAGUAUGGAGGACAGAGCAAAACAUCCUUGGUAGAUUUGAAGUUAGGUUUUUCUAGGUAAUAUUAGACUCAAUAACACCCAUUUUUAGCUGCAGAUGUGUUAGAGAGCAUAUGCAUUUGAGGUCCAUUGGAAAUGCUGACAGGAUUAUUUUGUUUAAGCCAAUGCCGUGAGACAAGCCACUGUUUGCUUCGGGAGAAAUGUGUCUGAAACAGAAUGUUUUUCUCUGUCCUCCACCAGCAUUUAGAUACAGUUCAGACACCCAACAGCCCUGUGUCUCACCAUGGCUGGUCAUUCACAGGCAACAUUAGAAUAACUCACAGGCUAGUGUGGCUUUAACACCCCAAACUUUCUAGCUAGUGUGUUUGUGUGUGUGUAUGUAUAAAGUAUAUAUAGAUAUGUGUGGGUAUAAGAUCCUUCCUCAGUGAUUGUCUCUCUACCAAGGUUCUGGACCCUAGUACCUGAACAAAUCCUCCUGAUCUCUAAAUACUGUCUUCUACCCCCAACAGUUGAGGUGUUGUUUGUUAUUCCUUUAAUCCCAUUGGAUCCUCCAUCUCUGUUAUGUGGACUGAAUUCAGUUGGUUAACAUGGACUCAGCUCUACUGAGUUACAUGGACUCUCCUCCACCGAGUUACUCAGACUCACAUCUUCUCACCUCGUCUUUCAACCUGCAUGGAGAUCUAACCUCAAAAUGUGAACCCACCCAAGCUGUGGUCCAACCAACCACGAUCACAAUGUGACUACAAACUACUUUACACCUAACCUAGCUCACUUUGCAAGUAGAGGGCAUUGCUAAGCUAAUGGACAAAAA